AGGAAUAUCAUGAGUCCCAAGUCAGCACAAACUGCAGAGGCUUGGUUGAAAGUUGCAAGUAAACCAGAUCGAGAAAAUGCCACUCAGAUAAUAUUGGAUGCUAGUAACAAGAAAUAUGCUGAUGAUGCAGUAACAGAACAUGUGAAGCCACAGUUCCAACCUUCCAUUAGAAGGUAUCUAAAAGGUGCUGGAGCUGAAGAAGCAAGAGCAUUAGCAAGACUGUUCCAUACAAUAGAACACCGACCAAUACCAGCGCCACCGUCGAGUGGACCUCAUUACCACAUCACUGACUACAGUAAAAUGAAUAAAGUGACUAGACAUAGACCAUUUAAACGGGAGUUCAUUCUACAUCCAGAAUUUAUUGACAGAUAUCCAAGAGUCAAUAGUAUUAGUGCCACUAAACUUGUGUCAUAAUAUUGUGCUUGUAUAUUUUACCUAAAAGAGAUUGCAGACUUGGAAUUCAGAAAUUAUAGCUUUUGUAAAACUCCUUACUCCUAAACCUGUUAUUUUUUUUAAUUUAUCUCUUUCUAUAUUUGAAAACUUGUUACUUUCAAAUCUACUAUAAAACAGCACAGAAACAAGGAUCCUAGUUUGAGUGUAAAUUUUUGUUUUUAAACUUUUACCAUUAAGUAAAUAGGCACUUUGUUUAUAUUUUCUAAUUCACUAUUCCUGGACCUUGUUGCCAAUGCAGAAAUGCUCAAAUUUUUGUAAAACACUGGUUUCAGUUGAGUUGAGUGAACAUAGCCACUAUAAAUAUUCUAUUGCAAGUGAAAAGGUGGCUUUCAAUGGCGCUAUUUGUUGACUGAACUGCAGUGUUGCUUUGAUACUAAACAACAAACCUGUUAGUUUUAAUAUAGAAGCUAGUAUAGUGGUAAUUAACUUUAAAAACCUUGUUCUGUGAGUCAUACUAAAAUGGCUGUACUUUAGCACAAUGCUAGAAAGUUAAUUGAAUAAUCAUGUUAAAAUUUGUUAUAAAUGAAUGAAAUAUUUUGUAUAUUGUCUCAUAAUGAGGUCUUAUGAAAAUGCAUCAUGUCUAUUGUAUUACAUAAAUUCACUACGUUCAAUUACCACCAUAGACUCCGGUCAGUCAAAAUGACUAUUUUGAACUGUAGGCAUUAAUCAGCGAUUCUGCCGGUGACAGAGAGAUACAAUCUAGGUCAGGAGAUGAAAUCUAGUGAGCUCUGCUGGAUCGCCUGCUUUUUUUUCCUGUCCGGGUUUCUAGCUUGGGUUUUUGCCGCUGCAUGGCAUCGGACAUUGUAGCUGGUAGGAUAAGUUUUUCUUGUCAUUUUUACCCUCGUGUCAUUUUCCCCUUUGUGUGAGGUAUUUUUCACAACAAAGAAAUUAAAACCCGGCACCUCUACAUAACCACUUGUUGGUUUCGCGGCGGAACCUUUUACAACUGUAUUUUUUUUCCCUCAUGCAUGUCGUCUUUUAUUUACAAUGUAUUUAGCAGUGUAUAGAUGUAAUGACAGCACCAGGGCUUGCUGCCAUUUUCUUUUUGGUCUCCUCGUGUUCCGAGUCGACUGUCCAGUGGUUAUAUUCAGACUUUACCAGCAUAGA